CACAAUGGGGUUCAUUGCUGAGGUGGGAGGGGCAUCCUAGGAAGGGUCCUGCUGGGGGCCUGCCAGCCAGACAGCCUCGGGGAACCUGCCCUUUCAAGCAUGAACCAUACCAUCCGGGCUCCCCCACUCCCAGUGUGCUCUUAGCUCUGCCUGCCUGGCUUAGGGUCCUGGAGGCCUUCUUGGAGCUCAUCCAGCAACCAUCAUGCAAGGUGGUGCUGGGGGCUGCCCUCUUACUCGGUGGUGGAGGCCUCAUGCUGUGGAUUCAGAGGAGGAGGAGAAGGAAGACAUCCCCUGCUCCUGCCCAGGAGGAGCAGGGGCCACCCAAAGGUAACCAAGCAAAGAAUGAGAACUGGAUUAAAUCUCACUUUAGCUGCCUUUCCGAAGAGAAGCUGGCCGCCAGCAACAGCAGCCCCCCUGCCCCCGAGAGUGGCAGUGGGGAGGCCAGCACCACGGUGCGCACGGAGACCUUCACCACCAGGCAAGGAGAGGUGGGCGCAGCUCUGCAUGGGCAGUCCUUCACCAGCAAGCAGAGGUUGUCUGGCUCCUCGCUGACCAAAGAGACCCAGAGGGAGUCUGGAAAAUCCUCGUCCACGGAUGUGGCCGUGUGGGCCACUGUGGCUACCUGUACCAAGGAGAUUGACAACCUGGGACAGCAGCUGGCUAAUUCCAUGUUGCAGCGCGCCACGAUUUACCAGAACUCAGGCCACCUGGAGUCCAAAGACAUCAACCAGGAGGAGCUGAAGGCCCUCGAGGAGGUGGAGUUGAAGCUGAAGGGGAAUUUCCUCACUCAGCGAGAAACCGCGGUAGCUGGCAUGAACCACGCGCACACCUUCCAUGGCCACGGUCACCACGGCCACCAGGGUUAUCCGAGCCACCUGAGCCACCAGAGCCACAGUCUGCCCAACCGCAGCCAACACACCUACCACCCCUUUGAAGCCACCACCUAACCAUGGAUGGAGACGCCCCUUCCCCCGACAGGGCUGGCACACAAGUGCAGGCCUGUUUUCUUUCCUGUGGGGCAACUCGUGUGGCCCAGGGUGAGAGGCUGCCGCCCAAAACCCUUCUUCCUCAGCCCCCCACGGGGCUCCUGGGCCCCUUCGAGUCUGUGAGUAGGGUCUACCACGGAGAAUGGCUCCCGAUGGAGGGGCAGGUGGAAGGAAGGGAAGCAGCCGAGACACACGCCCGGGCCCCUGAAGACCCACCGAGAGAAGACAGACGACGCAGAUCCCAGGAGUAGCUGAGAGCCCCAGACUGACGCCAAAUGCCUGGAACUGAGCCAAUAAAGCCUUGUAUACCCUCA